UAUUUCAUGUUUUUCUUUUUGAAUCAAACUUAUGUUAAAAUCGUGAAGAUUUCGUUUCAGAAUAAUCAUGGACAAAACUAAAAAUUCUUUUGGCCUUUUCUUAAUAACAACACUCUUGUAUAUCGGCUGUUGUGGAGAGUAUAUUUCAAAAUAUAUCGAUGCGUCUGAUGGUCUCGUUUUAACUCAUGUGAUACACAGACAUGGUGCUAGGACUAGAGCUGAAGAGACGUAUCCUAACGAUCCUUACGCAAACGAAACGUUUUGGCCUUUUGGAUAUGAGCAACUAACAAAUGAGGGAAAACUUGGUGAAUAUCGUCUUGGUAUAGAUUUGAGAGCCAGAUAUGGUGGAUUCCUAGGGAAAAUAUUCUAUCCCGAAGUUGUAGAGGCUCGUAGCUCCGAGAGCGAUAGGACGAAAAUGUCUAUUUCUCUCAGUUUGGCUGGACUUUUUCCACCCAAAAAUGUUUCUAUAUGGAAUAGCGAAUUGAAUUGGCAACCCAUACCUUAUUCGUCAUACCCAGCCGAAGAAGAUCGUAUUUUAGGCAAACCAAAAAAGUUUUGCCCGCUGUACAAAAAACUCUUGAAGAAGUACAAGAAAGGGGCGGGUGCUGAUAUAUUCAAAGAUGACCUAAAACUUUACAAAUACCUUUCUAAAGAGACAGGUAUGGAUGUAGCAAAUCCAGAUGAUGUGUAUGAUAUUCUCAAGAUUUUAGCUGUAGAGGAAGAAUGGGGAUUGAAAUUGCCUAAUUGGACGGAUUCUGUUUGGAAGGAUAAACUCCAAAAUGCUGCUGCUAAGAGAUUUAUUGUUCGUACAGGAACAAAAGAAUUAAAACAAUUGGCUUCAGGAUUCUUUUUGGAAAAGAUUAUUAGUGACACUAAAGAUAAAAUAACGGGAACAUUGAAACCUAAAGGUCGUAAAAUGUUUUUAUAUUCAGCCCACGAACAAAACAUAGGACAUAUACUGGCGGGUUUGGGGCUUUUUGAUAAUGAUAUUCCCAAUUACGGUUCCCACUUAUUAUUCGAAGUUAGACUGAAAAAUGGUACAUAUGGAAUCGAGAUUUAUUAUCAGAAUUACAAAGGAAAUGAUCAGCCGACUCUACUGGUUUUACCAGGCUGCGAUUCAUUUUGUCCAGUGAAUAAAUUUGCUGAUUUGUUACAAGAUGUUCUGCCUACUAACAAAACUAGUUGUACAGCUUAAUUAAAUAACUAUUUAUUAUGAAUAUGAUGAAAAUUUUAACUAAUACGUAAUUACAAUGUAUUUCAACUUGUCAUUAUAGUCUUUUCACACAA